UACUGUCUCUACUCUCUAGCUAGCUAGUAGCAGCUGCCGCAGGGAUCGAUCGAUCGCCAGCCGUUUCCGAGCAAGAUGGGGAAACGUUUCCUCCACCAGCUGGUACUCGCCGUCGCCGUUGCGCUCUUCGUCUCUCCGGUGAGAUCGGGCGACUGGCUUCCGGCCACCGCCACGUUCUACGGCGGUGCUGACGGCUCCGACACAAUGGGUGGCGCGUGUGGGUACAGCGACCUGUACGAGCAGGGCUACGGCAUCAACAACGCCGCGCUGAGCACGGCGCUCUUCAACGACGGCGCGUCGUGCGGGCAGUGCUACGUCAUCAUCUGCGACAGCAGCAAGACCCAGUGGUGCAAGCCCGGCAACAACUGGGUCGUCGUCUCCGCCACCAACUUCUGCCCGCCCAACUGGGACCUCCCCGCCGUCGGAGACCUCCCCGCCGGCGGCUGGUGCGCCCCGCCACGGCCCCACUUCGACAUGUCCCAGCCCGCCUGGGAGAACAUCGGCAUCUACAGCGCCGGCGUCAUCAACGUCCUCUACCAGCGAGUGAAGUGCUGGAAGAGCGGCGGCGUGCGCUUCACCAUGGCCGGCUUCAACGGCUUCUACAUGGUGCUCGUCACCAACGUCGCCGGCAGCGGCUCCAUCCAGAGCAUGGCGGUGAAGGGCAACAACACGGAUUGGAUCCCCAUGUACAGGAACUGGGGCGCCAACUGGCACUGCCUCUCCGGCGGGCUCGUCGGACAGGGCCUCAGCUUCGCGCUCGUCUCCACCGGCGGCCAGAACCUCGUCUUCAAGGACGUCGUGCCGGCGUGGUGGCAGUUCGGACAAACUUACACCACCUACCAGAAUUUCGACUACUAAUAAGCGUGUGCACAAGUUAUUAAUUUAUUGGGUCGAUCCUCCAAUACCAGAGAAUUCAGCGUGUGCUGAUUAAGUGAUUAUAUAUUGCUUCAUAUCAUUUAUAGUUUGGGAAAUCUCUUUAUAUUAUUUUAUAUAACCGCCAACGAAUCAUUGUAAGUAAAGUACUAAG